AUAUUUGUAUGAUCGAAUAAAUUUGAUUAAUUAGCGAAAGGAAACACAUGUUAUAAUUAUAAAAAUAUACGCUUGUUUUCAAUAAUAUUUGAUUUUCGUAAUCGUUCAAAAUUUCAUUGUACGUAUACUCAUCAUUAUAUCGAAGUUCAUCAAUUGCAUAUAUUCUAUAUCGUAAUAUAUAUAAAUAUUAAUCUAAACUAUAUUAAUUUUGUACAUAACAAAUCUAUAAAAAUGGCGAUGUGUCCGCGUACAAAGCAAAAAGUUGCUAUUAUUUUGGAUGUGAGCAAAGCUAUAUUUCAUUGGGGAUUUAUUCCCGCUAUAUUAUUCUUAGGCUUUAGGAAAGGUGCUGAUCCAGGCAUGCCUCAAUUAUCAAUUAUAAACUUAUUGUGGCAAUAAAAAAAUUUAAUCUGCAA